AUGUUGUGCUCUGCUUCUUUCCUCAUCCUCUUGUUUUCACUUCGUCAUGCAUGUGGCCAGAAUCUUACGACUCAGUACGGUCUGAGCGACGUUCUUCCAACUAUACAGGGCAUUUCGUACUACACCUCAUAUCUCGAGUCAAUUCCGUCAGCAUUCUCGCUGCUGACUGAUGGGAACGUUACUGUCCUGGCACCUUCCAACGACGCGAUCACGAACUAUCUCGCAAAUAAGACUGAUGCUCUCAACGAUACCGAUGUCCUUGAAGCUCUACUUCUGUACCACACAAUCCGAGGGCCGUACUCAUUGGUAGAAUUGGAGAGGGGUGUCCAAUUCUUGCCAACAUGGUUAACAAAUCCCCAGUUUGCCAACGUGACUGGAGGGCAGCGCAUAGCAGUGUAUCCCACGGAUAAGGGCAUUCAAUUUGAGGGCGGGAUCAAAAUAAGGUCGAACCUGACCACGCCGAAUCAACUUUUUGCGGGCAACAGUGGUGCCGCAGUCAUUCACGUAAUCGACCGAGUCUUGGAGAUUCCAAUUGAUGAGUCAAGUACUGCUAUCGAGACUGGGCUCAACGGAGUCGUCUCCAUUCAAGUGAACUCACCUGUCAGUCCGGAAGUAAUUGGCGCACUUGGAUCCACACCAGACUGGUCAUGUUUCAUCCCCAACCGAACCAUUAUCGACCUCAAAACCCUUCCCACGGAUGUUUUCUUCGAUCUCCAAGAAUACCAUUUCGUCAACGGUCGUGUAUACUUCACCACGGAUUUGACAGACGGCUUACAAAUGCAAUCUGUCGAAGGCCAUAACCUAACAGUGACAGUCGCCUCGAAUGGAACCAGGUAUAUCAACGAUGCGGAAAUUAUAUAUUCCGAUUAUAUCACCAACAACGGGGUCUUGCACGUGCUUGCCCAUGAAGCGUCGCCGAAUAAGACCGAUGCAAGGCCGGACCUCAGUACGCCAGCGAACUCAACGACAUCGACGACCCCACCGCCAACAACGGAAAGCAGUGCGGCGCCAACAUCUUCAGCUUCCUCAUCAUCACUUAGCACAGGGGCCAAGGCUGGUAUUGGAGUGGGGGCCGCGCUCGGGGUGAUUUUCAUCAUCGCUGUGCUGACGUUCUGCUUCCGUCGUAGCAGAAACAGAAAGGCAGAUCCUGGUGCUGGCCCCAGAGACGAAAAAUACCAAGUCGCUGUCGAGAUGCCGCAUCCUCGCGGAUCGCACGAGGUAGAGGCACCGGGACCAGGGUCACACUGGGAAUUGGACUCGCAGCAGUCGCACCCAAGAAGGGUUUAUGAAAUGUCGUGA